CUCUUUGCCCGUUCUACCCAGUCUACUCUUCUCCUCUGCACAUCUUCUCUCUCUCUCCGCAGACAUCAAUUCCCCUUUUUGACUAAAAUUCCGUGACUUGGGGUUUGAUCCAUUCCCAGUGAAUCUCACUGCUUUUAUCAGAAAAUCACUACUUUUUCUCUUGUUUUUAAAUGAGGGGUUUUCUUCCAAAAAACUAUGGUGGUCUGAUCAAAUAAAUCAUCUCUGUGUUCUUUUUAUUCUUUGUCUGUGUUGGUGAGAUGGGUUUGGGCGAUGCUGAUGCUGUUACAGCUAAAGAGAAUUGGCAAUCGGAGAAAUCUAACGAGAGUGAGAACAAAAGGAAGAAGAAGAAGAAAAUCAAUGGUGAUAACUGUGAAGGCGAAGAUUUAGGAGAAGAAGAAAGAGAAGCAAGUGGGUGUUGGGUCAAAUUUAGGUUUAUGAUUGGUUGCAUACCUUCAAAAUCAGAUGUUGAUGCUUCUUCUUCUCUCUAUGGCACUACCAGCACCGCUACAACAAUGGAAAGUAAAUCGGCAAAUGAGAAAUCAAAUGAUCAACCAGCUGGUCCAGUUUCCUCCACAACAACAACUAGCAAUGCAGAAAGCUCUUCAUCCACUCCAAUGAUCAGCGAAGAACUUAAGCUUUAUUCUAACCUGAGGAAGUUUACUUUCAAUGAUCUUAAGCUAGCUACUAGAAAUUUCAGACCGGAGUCUCUUCUUGGAGAAGGAGGUUUUGGUUGUGUCUUCAAAGGAUGGAUCGAAGAAAACGGGACUGCUCCUGUUAAACCCGGUACUGGGCUUACUGUAGCCGUCAAAACCUUAAAUCCUGAUGGACUUCAAGGUCACAAAGAAUGGCUUGCGGAGAUUAAUUUCCUUGGUAACCUUCUUCAUCCAAAUCUAGUUAAGCUGGUCGGUUAUUGCAUCGAAGAUGAUCAAAGGCUGCUUGUUUACGAGUUUAUGCCUCGAGGAAGUUUGGAGAAUCACCUUUUCAGAAGGUCGUUACCUCUUCCUUGGGCUAUCCGGAUGAAGAUUGCAUUAGGUGCUGCAAAAGGUCUCAGUUUCCUCCAUGAAGAGGCUUUGAAACCUGUUAUAUAUCGAGAUUUCAAAACAUCAAACAUUUUACUUGAUACAGACUACAAUGCAAAACUAUCAGAUUUUGGACUUGCCAAAGAUGCUCCUGAUGAAGGCAAAACCCAUGUCUCUACUCGAGUUAUGGGUACAUAUGGCUAUGCUGCUCCCGAGUAUGUAAUGACCGGUCACUUGACAUCAAAGAGCGAUGUAUAUAGUUUCGGGGUGGUUCUGCUUGAAAUGCUGACCGGACGAAGGUCUAUGGACAAAAACCGACCAAACGGUGAGCACAACUUAGUGGAAUGGGCAAGACCACAUCUCCUUGACAAAAGAAGGUUUUACCGGUUACUUGAUCCAAGGCUCGAGGGCCAUUUCUCAAUCAAAGGAUCCCAAAAGGUGACUCAGCUUGCUGCUCAAUGUCUUAGCCGUGACCCCAAGAUUAGGCCAAAGAUGAGUGAUGUUGUGGAAGCACUUAAACCACUUCCGCAUCUCAAAGACAUGGCGAGCUCUUCUUACUACUUUCAGACAAUGCAAGCCGAACGUUUGAAAAAUGGGUCCGGUCGAUCUCAGGGAGGAAACGGAUUUGGAUCAAGAAACGGGCAUCAGCAACCUGUGUUUCGGACUCUGUCUAGUCCUCAUGGUCAACAUGGUUCUUCGCCUUAUCGACAUCAGAUUCCUUCUCCAAAGCCGAAAGGAGCAACUACAUAGCUCUUGCGUGGACCAAACAAAGAAAGCCUAUAAGGUUUCAAAGCUUUUAUCCAGGCUCGUCCCUCCUUUAAAGCAUGUAAAACAUUGGCUUUAGGCCA